GGUUUCCUUGGGGAGGAGCAAGCGGCUCCGUCUAGUGUAGUUGCUUUGCCACAUAUACACUCAUCACAGGAACAGCAGCGUUGACGGUUGGAGCAGUUUAAACAGGGGCCUGUGGCCAUGGCUAAAGACCCGCUAGCAGAGGCAGGCUUUUAUUUUGAUGAACUCAACAAGCUCAGGGUCCUGGAGCCUGAUGUCAGCCAGAAGACCUCAGAGCUUAAGGAGGAGUGUAAAGAAUUUGUGGACAAAAUUGGCCAGUUCCAGAAGAUAGUCGGAGGUCUUAUUGAGCUGGUUGAUGAACUGGCAAAAGAAGCGGAGACAGAAAAGAUGAAGGCGAUAGGAGCCAGAAACCUGCUGAAGUCAGUGGCGAAACAGAGGGAGGCGCAGCAGCAGCAGCUUCAGGCGCUCAUCGCAGAGAAGAAGAUGCAACUUGAGAGGUAUCGCAUCGAGUACGAAGCGCUGUCCAAAGUGGAGUCUGAGCAGAACGAGUUCAUCGACCAGUUCAUCCUGCAGAAGUGAGGAUGUGACCAUGUGACCUGUGCCGUCACGUUUCCAGAGUGCCUGUCCUGUUUUCUCUGGGUGAUUCCCAGCCCAGAGGAUUACUCUGCUGCACCCUCUUUUUCUGAAGCAAUCCUGAAGCUCCACCUUCUCUUUCCACCUUCCUCCUGCUUGAGUGUGUAAAGAAACAUCCAGCUGCUGACAGCUGGAUUUACAGUGAUGUAAGCUUGAAUAUACCUGGAGCAUUAAGUUUUGUUCACACCAAAUAUCUCAACAUCUCAGACCAACAGUAAAGAAGACGGAGCUAUUUAUACAAAGGAACAUUAUUUAUACUAUUUAUACUGAAGAAUGACUGUAUAUCUAGUUUUAUUACUUUUUGUAUCAAUUGAAAUACUGCAUGUGCAUGAAUUUGUAAAUACAUUUUGGUUUUAAAUGAUUGAAAAAUGAAUAUCCUGAUUUGAUCAUUUGUUACUUUUGCUGUUAUUCUUUUGGUACAACCAGUCAGUGAGCACAACACAUGAGGAACAGUCUCCUCCUUCUGUCUGUAUCAUUGUCUUUCAUGCAUUAAUUAGACAAAUUAUUGUUAUACUUGAAUAAAUACUGUAAAUUGCACAAGAAAAAGCAUCAUGUUUUUCUGUAACGAUGCUGCACAUUUUAACAUCGUGCUAUUAUGUACUGUUUUAAUAAAAAUGACUUUA